AAAUCUCACGAUGGCAGUGAUUCAUGCAGACCAUUCCAGGGCAGCAUUUCAUCCUGUGCACCAAGCGCUCCCUACCGGACAACCAAGAGUGUGGAUUCCAGUGAGGAGAGCUGCUCUGACUCGGAUGAGGACAGCUGCCUGUGGAAACGGAAACGACAGAAGUGUUUCAACUUCUCCCCUGCUAAACCUGAGCCCUUCCAGCUCAGCCAGAGCCACCCAAAACAAAAUACUCUGUGUGGCAAGAAGGUCAACAACAUUUGGGGUGAAGUGCUCCAGGAGCAGAACCAGGAUGCGGUAGCCACUGAACUUGGGAUUCUAGGCAUGGAGGGAAGCAUUGACAGGAGCCGGCAGUCUGAGGCUUACAAUUAUUUAUUGGCUAAAAAGCUGAUGAAGGAAGCUCAGCAGAAAGAGGCAGAGACUUUAGAUAAAGAGCUGGAUGAGUACAUGCACUAUGACAAGAAACCACUGCCAGCAGAAGAAGAGAGUGGGCAAGGCUUUCUCAAACGGAAGCGACCAGUGAAGGACAGACUGGGUGAAAGGCAAGAAAUGAAGUACAAAGGAAGGUAUGAGAUAACAGAAGAAGACUCAGAGGAAAAAGUGGCAGAUGAAAUUGCUUAUCGACUUUGUGAGCCAAAGAAAGACUUAAUUGCUCGAGUAGUGAAAAUAAUUGGGAACAAAAGAGCGAUUGAGCUGCUUAUGGAAACAGCUGAAGUAGAACAGAAUGGUGGACUGUUUGUAGUGAAUGGCACCCGGAGAAGAACACCUGGGGGUGUUUAUUUAAACCUGCUGAAGAACACACCAAGCAUCACAGAGAAGCAAAUCAAGGAAAUAUUCUAUCUGGAAAACCAAAAGGAGUAUGAAAACAAAAAAGCUGCCAAGAAGAGGAGAAUACAAGUGCUGGGAAAGAAGAUGAAAAAAGCCAUUAAAGGGCUUAACCUGCAAGAAUAUGAUGACGCAUCUCGUGAGACUUUUGCUAGUGACACGAAUGAGGCUCUGGCUUCCCUAGAUGACCUGCAGGAAGGGCACCAUGAAGCCAAGAUGGAACAUGAAGAUACUAUUGAAAUUGAUCAUACUCAUGAUUUGGAGAUCUUCUAGCUACUA